AUGAGAGCAGAUAUAACCAUUGUGAAGGCUCAGAUGGGUCAGCCUAUUGAAGCCCUACAUGAUUUGGCUAGGGGACAAGAGGAAAUGCGUCAGGCUAAUCUAAGAGUCGCCGCCGCCAACCCUACUGUUGUGAUAAUACCAGUGAAUCCGUUAGGAGGAGCUGGUACACCUAUUGUAGCUCAACCACCUCCCGAAAAAGGUCCAGUAUACCAAAAUCGUGCUCAGCCAUUCAAUAUCCCUGUCAAUGGGAGAGUUCAACCUGAGAUUGAUGAUCAUCAGGAUGCUUUCUUCACCACAAAGGCUGACUCAGUUUAUGAUGCUUUUGGUCCUUCUCCUGCUGACCUCGAAAGGAAAUUCCGUAUGGUGGAGGAGAGAUUCAAGGCGAUGGAAGGUCCCGAUACCUUUGAGUUAGAUGCUGCCGACAUGUGCUUAGUGCCAGGCGUGGAAAUUCCUCCUAAGUUCAAAGUGCCAAGCUUUGAAAAGUAUCAUGGGGUCACUUGUCCAAAGACCCACAUUCAAGCUUUUUACAGAAAGAUGGCCGCUCAUUCUGAUGAUGAAAAACUUUUAAUGCACUUUUUCCAAGAUAGUCUUAGUGGAGCUUCUCUGGAAUGGUAUAUGCAGCUCGAGCACACGCAUAUACGGACUUGA